CGGCUUUGGGACAAACAACAAUGACUUCACUACAAGUAUUGCGCACUUGUUUUGUUCUUUUGUUUAUUUUCAGACGGUCCACAAUGAGAAUUAUAUGCACGUGCGUUGUGCUUUUUGCUGUAGCAUAUGCAUCUGCAGAAAAGAGAUUUUUGAACAACUAUGCAUGCGGAAUAACUUCAACCAUUGCCAAUUCCAUUAAGGCCCAGUUGAAGAUCGACGAAGGUUAUAAGACAGUUAUUUACAGGGACAGUAGGGGAUAUCUUACUUUCGGAAUUGGACAUCUCAUCACUCACAACGACCCCGAGUACGGGAAGCCAGCGGGAACACACGUGAGCACCUCUCGGAUCGACAGCGCCUUCCAGUCAGAUGUCACAGCUGCUGUAAAUACCUUCCAUUCCAUCUUCCCUCACUGCUCGAGUUUACCAAGAGAAGUGAAGGAAAUCAUUGUAAACAUGGCGUUCAAUCUUGGUGGAGGAUUACGUAAUUUCCAUAACUUUAUUUCAGCUGUCAACAGUCAUAACUGGAGCAAGGCUGCUGAUGAGAUGGUGGACAGUGCAUGGUACCGCCAAGUUGGAAACAGGUCUGUGAGACUUGUUGCAAGAAUGAGAGCCGUUUAAAUUCACUUAAAAACUGUGCUAUUUUUGCAGCUGAUGAAUUGUGUUUAAUCUCGAUUUAACCAGAAACACGGAGAAUAAACAAUUUUGAAAAUGA